UCGGAGGAAGGUGCGUGUUGUUGUGCGAGGGGAGAGAAGAUGGCGGUGCCCGGGCAAUGGGCUCAGCUUUGCCUGGCUCUGUGGGUGUUGUGUGGACUCACAUCGGCGUCAUUGGGUUUCCUGAACCUGGAGGAGCUGACGGAGAUGAAGUACGGGAUAGAGAUCCUGUCAGAACCGGUGAUAAAGGGACAGAGUAAGGCUGACAACAUUGUUACAAUUGCCUCAAAAUACAAGCAGAAUUACGAAUGUAAGCUCCCUGCAGUUGCUGUGCAAUUUCAACAGGAGAGAGAAGACGACAAUCAGGCUUACUCUGGACUCGGAAUUCCUGAUCUCUUGAAACCUAUGGAGGCUGCACCUUGCCUAACAAAGACUAAAGACUGGUGGACGUAUGAGUUCUGCUAUGGAAAGCAUAUACAGCAAUACCAUAUUGAAGAGUCUGAAGUAAAGGGAGAUAUCUUGUACCUUGGGUACUAUCAAUCAGAAUUUGACUGGAGCGACGAAACUGCAAAGGCUUCUAAACACCAUAAACUUAAGCGCUAUCACAGCCAGAUGUAUAUUAAUGGUUCUAGGUGUGAUCUGAACGGGAAGUCUAGAGAAACAGAAGUUAGGUUCAUGUGUGAGGAAGGCUCUGGAGACUACAUUGCACGAGUGGAUGAGCCCCAGUCUUGUACUUAUGUGCUGACCAUACAUACUACUCGCAUAUGCAAUCAUCCUUAUUUGCGGCCUCCUACUACAGGCACCCCACAGUCCAUAAAGUGCCAUCCGGCUCUCAGCCCGGAGCAGUAUGUUGAAUAUGUGAAAGCACAAGUAUCUGACACAAAGCGCAUUGUGGAGGAAUUGUCAGAAGAAUUAAAAACGCUGGAUCUUAAAACCGUGCCACACAAAGACUCUGCUUCUGCAGAUCAGGAAAAGCCACUGGAUGUAGCACAAUCUCCAGAGGGAUAUCCACAAGAGGACAGUGAUUCUGCUGCAGCUGAGAGGGCUGAGGAUGAAAGCGGUGUAAAGCUAGAGCAAGAAGAGACGGAAGCCGAUAUAUGGAAUAAAAUAUUUCAGCCGCACGAUCCAGAAACGCAGACCCCAGAUACUGAACCUACACAAGGCGUAUUCCCCGGUCACAAUAAUCCACCGGAAGGGGCACAAGGUGCACACAAGGCUCUCCGCUACAGAAUAAUAAGAAAUUCGGAAGAACUGAUGAAGUUUAUUGAAGAUUUAAAAAAACAUGACAAGGAUGAAGACAAACCUGCCUCUGAAAACAAAGAGGAGAAGGGUGAGGCAGAAUCAAACACAGUGGAUGAACUGAAAGAUACAGAGGAUGAAGAUGAACAGGCUCUAAUGCAGGAGUUUGAGAAGGAGCUCGAGAACUAUCUUCUUCCCAAGUCCGAUGUAUCCCAAAUUAAGGAGAAUGUGAAAACCGAGGUGGAGAAGGAAUUUAACAACAUUAUUGAUGAGGCUCAGGAGGAGUUGGAAACAGAAGGUUUGAAGGGGGAGUUUGACAGAAAGCAAGCCACAAAAUCACUUGCUACCACGUUGAACAAACUAAUAGAUAAACUGGAUAAUGCUGCAGAGGAUAAGGAAGAAGAGACCGAGCCAGGGGAAAGCAAUGAAGUCAUGACGCAAGGCAACAAGGAACCUGCUGCCAAAGCCCCAACUGAUGACCGUUCAGAUGGCCGUGUAAAAGUCAGGGUUACUAAGAUACGGAGGGGCAGCUCUGAGCAUACCGAGAAAAGCUUGAAGGAAAUGAGCAGCGAAAACCCACAGAUGAGACUCAUUGAAAAUGUUGUAAAAGACCUGCUUGAAAAGGAAGGCCUGAAGGCAAAAGGAAAAAUAGAGAUAAAAAUCCUAACGGGUGGUUUUGGAGAGGAUGAUGAUGGACACUGGCUUUCAGAGGAAGAUACAAAGAACUUGAAAGAGAUCUUUUUCAACUUACUGAUUCAUGGGUCAGAAGACGUUCACAAAGAGCAAAAGCGACAACAGCAGCUAGAAGAUAACUACCGCUUUGUCUGGAGCCAAAACCAGGAUGACACAUGGAGCCAAAACCAGGAUGACACAAAAAGCAACAGUGCUUCGACAGACUCUGAUGAUGUGGAUUUCUGACCUGAACUAUUGGGGAAUUCACCAGCACAGACCGGAUUGCCUGACUUUGCCCUGUGGACUCGAGCUUUGUAACAAAACUUUUAGAAUAACAUGCUGCUUCUGGAACAAUGGGCGGGAUUGCAAACCUAUAGAAGAAUAUGCAGAGGCCUCAGUAGUUUAAAGCCAGUGUUUAGAUGACCCGAUGGCUGUGCUAAGCACAACCAACGGGAUAAAAGCAAUUGGGUUUUUUUGUUUG